CCAUAAAGCGCCACCGUGAGGGAAACAACAUGGUGACCGCUCGGCAGAUCCAGCAGCUGACGCGGCAGCGCCUCGAGGGGACGGUGCCGAGCUACCCCGAGCAGUGGCUCGAGGGGCCCAUGGUGCGGCGCGAGCGGCGCAUCAUGAACCGCGGCGGCAUCCUGUACGGCCGGCGGGCCAAGACGCUCCCGCGGCUCAAGCCCGGAGGGAGCGCGGAGGCGCCGGCGGCGGCGAAGAAGAAGCCGACGGACGCCGACGCGCGCCUCGCGGGACCGUCGGCCGAGGAGAAACGCGCGCGGACCGAGCGGGCGCUCGCCGUGAUCGCCGCCGGCGGCGGCGCCGACGACCACGCGCUGCGCCUCCCCGUGCGACCGCUGGCGUGGCCCCGGGGCCGCGACGAGCAGCUCCAGACGGUCCGCGCGAUCAAGCGCAUGCUCCGGGAGCUCGACGCGCACCUGAAGAGCGCCUCGUCGACCCUUUCGGAGGCCCUGCCGCGGCGGUCGGUGACGGGCGACGGCCUCGUGAGCGUCGCGACGCUCCACGCGUGGCUGCGGUCCCUGACGCGCGCGGCGGACGAAAAGCGGGGCGGCGGCGCGCGCACGGCGUUCGACGACGACGCGCGCUUCGAGCGCCGGGCCGAGGCCGUGCGGAAGGAGUACGCCAAGGGCGCGCCGCUGCCGCCGGCGGUCGUCCGGGCCAUGGUGGCCCUCCUCGACGGCGGCGGCACGGGCGUCGUCGCGCUCCGGGACCUGGUCGAGUGCUUCCGCGUGGCGACGCGCCUCGCAAUCGACGCGGACGCGGAGGCACCGGCACCGCGAGGCGAGGCGACCGACGAGGCCAAGGAGGAGCGCGCGAAGGACGCGGCGGCGGUCGAGGACGCGGCAGUCGAGGACGACGAGCCCGUGGACCCCGAGCUCGCGUGGUGGAUCGACGAGGAAGCCGAGGCGGCGGCCGCGCGGGCGAAAGCCGACGCCGACGCGGCGCUGGACAAGGCGGACGACCCGGCGCCGUCGCUCGCGGCGGGCGGCGCGUACGGCGCCGUCACCGAGGCCGACGUCCACGAGCUCGUCGACGUGCUGUUCUCCGAGCACGACGAGCUCUUGAUCGAGGAGCUCGAGCGCGCGACGCGGGCGCUCCGUCGCGCGUGGGCCGUCGCGCACGCCGGCCACCGCUACGGCUACGCCAACGAGGAGGACGCGGCGCGCGCGGAGAGUCUGCUCGAGGCGUCGUACGCGCACCAGCCGGGCGACUCGGCGUUCCUGCCGGCGCCGGGCGAGGACGAGGCGCCGUUCGCCGCCGGGCCGCCCCUCCACGCGUCGCGCAUCUUCGCGGCGCUCGAGCACUACCUUUUCGCCAGAGAGGGCAUGCGCUUCAUGGAGUUCGUCAAGCUGCACUGUCUGCCCUGCGGCUCGCUGUUCAACGAGGGGCGCGGCGUCGCGGACGCGUUCGCCACGGUCCACGAGGUGCGCCACGUGCUCUGUCGCCUCUUCGACGCCAGUUCCCGCGCGGACGCCGCGAGGUCCGCGCGCGACGCGUACAAGGCCGCCAGGGAGCGCCUCGACGCGCUCGAGGACGCCGCGCGGCAGCCGUCGGCGUCGACCUUCGAGCGGCACAUGCGGCGGUCGGGCCUGGACGCCGCGUUCCGGAAGGUGGACGCGCUGAUUCAGCGCCGCGGCAUGAAGCUCAAGGAGGUCUGCGAGCUGCUCGACCAGGACGGCGAGGGGCGCUGCGACUCGAGUCGCCUCGCCGCCUUCCUCCAGGCCGUGGGCGUCCGGAAGCCGCCGCCCUCGUACGAAAUUGCGCGGCGCAAACAUGCGGAGCGCGAGGCCGCGGCCGCGGCCGCCGCGGCCGAGCGGCGACGCGAGGAGGCCGACUUCGCGGCGCGCAUGCGCGCCGCGGAGGAAAGCGGGUGCGUCGCGAGCUUUGCGCUGAUGGACCGGUACUUUAGCCGCUACCAGCUCAAGGCCGAGGACAUCUGGACGCACGGCCGCGCGAAGAAGACGACGGGCCUCGAUCGCGCGGCGGAGUCGCACGAGGACGACUCGGACGCCGUCGGUCCCGACGAGUUCCACCGGAUGCUCCAGACCGCCAAGGUCCACUUGUCGUCGGAGCAGGUCGCCAGGCUCGUGGCGUACCUCGACACGGACGGCUCGGGCAAGAUCGAACACCGCGAGCUGCAGGCGGCCAUGCUGGACUACCGCCGCUUCAAGCGCGCCAAGCAGCGCCUGGAGCUGCAGCGCGCUGAGCGCGAGCGGCGCCUCUUCCUGGACCGCCAGGUGCUGGUGCUGCUGCAAUACCUAGUGCUCGUCGGCGGCGCGCGGGACGCGCCCGGAGACGCCGGCGAGGACCAGCCCGAGCAGUUCAUCGAGGUCGCCGAGUUCCAGCGCGCCAUCGGGCGCGCGAGCCACCUUCCGAUCGCCCAGUACCUCCGCGGCGUCCGCGAGCGCCUCCAUUCCGGCGCCUACAGGGGGCUCGCCGAGCUCAGGUCAUCGGCGGCGACAUAAAUUGCUUCCUCCGAGUACUCUGGGUAGAUGAUUUAUACCGGGUGUCUAUUUUGAAGUCAAGUUGACUACUGCGCC